AACAGCUGUUACAGUCCCAUGUCAGACUUAUACGACGACGUUUCAGCUUACUUCAUCCAUAAUUUCCCACAAGCGUAGAGCAUUUUGGGAGGGGGAAGAAUGCAUGCCGCCGGUGCUCCUCCGAUUACGGCGUCGACGUCGACGUGGCCAGUUUAUUCAGCGCCACGUGUAGACCGGAGAUAUUUGAGUAUUCGAGCUUGGACUUCAUUAUACAGUGACAGUGAAAACCACCAUUACAGUAGAAGGUCUCAACAGUACUGGGAUAAGUUCUACAAGCUCCACAAAAACAAGUUUUUCAAGGACCGGCACUACUUGGAGAAGGAUUGGAGAAGUUAUUUUGAUGAUGAAAUUGAAUCUUCCCAUGGGAAGGUUGUUUUAGAGGUGGGCUGUGGAGCGGGGAAUACGAUUUUUCCUCUCAUCGCUACAUUUCCGAAUCUCUAUGUUCACGCUUGUGAUUUCUCACCCAACGCAAUAACCCUUGUUAAGUCACAUGCAAAUUUCAGUGCGGAAAAGAUGAACGCCUUUGUUUGUGAUGCCACAAAGGAUGAUCUCUGUGUUAACGUCAUGCCUUCUACUGUUGAUGUUGUAACCUUGAUUUUUACAUUGUCUGCAGUUUCUCCUGGGAAGAUGGCUUCUAUUCUAGAAAACUGUAAAAAAGUACUAAAGCCAAAUGGUCACAUUCUUUUACGAGAUUAUGCAGUUGGAGAUUCUGCUCAGGUGAAAUUGCAUGACAGAGACCAGAUGAUUAGUGAGAAUUUUUAUUUUCGAGGAGAUGGAACUUGUUCAUUUUACUUUUCGGAGGCUUUCAUGGCAACCUUGUUUCAAAGUGCUGGUUUUGUAAUCGUGGAUAUUAACACGUAUUGCAAAGAAAUUACGAAUCAUUCUCGGAAUAUUACCAUGCAGCGGCGCUGGAUACGUGCCAUAUUUGGUCGUUCAUGAUUGCAAGUUCCUUUCUCCUCUUCCAUCGUGGGUCCAAAGCCGGUAAUCCAUAAAUUAACAUGCCAUUAUCUUAGCUGUUCAACAUGGUUUGUGCUGAGGUUUGUAUGUUAGAGCAGCCCUUAUUGAUGAAGCCUGUGAGGCUGAAGGUUAUACUCGACAAGCUAGCACCUGAAAUCGAGAUACAGUUGGGAAAAUGAGUAUUUGAAGUUGAAAUUGAAGUGUUAAAAAGCUACAAUACAGUUUCCUGUGCCUAAAGUGCCUGAUUUAGAUUUUGUCAUGAUGCACUGCACUCUUUCCAUUGUAGUGCUCUUUUUGUAAUAGCUUGUUUGGCCAAGUUUCUCCGAUCCUA